UUUUUCUUUCUGUCAUGUCCUGAAGCGGGCGCGGUCAUUCCUCGCAACAUACCAGGCGCCGUUCAUCCUAGAACUUUAACAAGCCUCAAAAUGUCAAGGAGGUCUCUUCGGACCUUUGUUUUCAACUCUGGUUUUUCGGCUCCCGAGAUCCCCCUUUCUUCAGGUUUUGGGGUAAUGGUUUCAUGCAGGCAAGCGAGCGCCAGUUAUAUCGAUGAACACCCUUCUUUCAGCAGAUUCUUCUGUGACGAGAAAGCCUUAUCUGAUAUUUUUGUACGUGUACAAGAUGGUGGAACCUGUGCCAAUCUUUACCAUCAAUCCGCAUGGACCAACCAAACCUAUAAUCGAUUGCCCGAUUUACCGCCUGGAAAAACGUGUCGAAGACUAAUGAAUUUCUGCAAGUACUGUCAUACUAGUUUCUAUCAUCGGUGUGGUCCAUGAACCGUGAUUACACUCGAGAUGGUACGUUGAUCUCUUCCCUCGCUCCCCGGCUAGUAGUCCGACUGGUCGUAGAAUCACUUCUAGUUAUAUCUAGCCUUGUUCUAG